ACACCUCCUGAAUUGUCAAAGGCGUCAACUAUAUUCCUUUUUCUUAGUCUUGUUGCUGUUCCCAAUUUUCUUUCAACAUAUGAUGAUAUUUUUUCUUUACUUCCCAAUAUAAAUACUCACAACUUUUGAACCUUUUUUUUUCCAUUCAUUCAUUUCUAUUUUAUUCACUCACUCUCUCCUUCACAUAACACUACACAUAAAAUUCAUAGCAUUAAACUUAUAUACAUCUUUGUGCAUAUUGUGCAGUGAAGACAGAAUCAAACAACAACAUCAAAAAAAUCAUCAUAAGUUUUUUAUUUGUGAAAGAUUAAUUGAUAAUCAAUUAUGGCAGAAGAACAAUUUCAAGCAAGUGGAAAUUGGUGGGAGACACCAGCUAGAAACAUGAGGUUUGAAAGUGUAGAACAACAACAACAACAAUCUUCUUCCUUUGGAGGUUGGCAGCAGCAACAACAACAUCAUGAUACUAUGUCUGCUUCCGGUAGUUCCUCCGUGGUUUUUCAUGAUACUACUCAAAAGCUUCAACCUUCAGAUUCUUCAACUUCAAACAAUGACUCCAACUUGCAUAUGAUGGGUUUAGGACUUUCUUCUCAAAACAUUGAUUGGAAUCAAGCAUCUAUACUAAGAAAUGAGAAGGCUUCAGAAGGUAGUUUCAGGUCUAUGCUUCAAGAGAAUUUGAACUCCACAGGCACAAAUUUUGAGCAAGAAACUAGUGGAAUUGGAAUUGGAGUUGAACUAUCUCAUCAAGUUAAUUGGAGACAAGAAAAGUUAUUCUCUAAUGAAUCUUCAAGCAAUGAAUUCAAGCAAGUGAAUAGAGGUUUCUCUUUAGAUCAACCACAGUUUAGUCCUCAAUAUAGUUCUGGAGAUAGUAACAUGAUAAGCCAAAUGGAUUCUUCAGCUUUAUAUGGUAACCCUUCAAUGUUACAAGGACUUUUAGGAACUGAAACAAAUCAAAUUCAACCUCAGCAUGGUAAUUCAUUCGAGAAUCGUUCCAUGAAUUUUCCAUACUCAUCAACAAGCUAUGGUUUGAGUACAAAUGAGUUAAUUCCUUCUUGGUCUAAAGUAUCUCAUCAAAAUCAAAAACAACAUCAACAACCAAACAACCAAUUGCAUUUCACCAAUAAUGCUCCCUUUUGGAAUGCUUCAGAGACUACUAUUAAGGAUGCUUCAUCAAGCUUCUUGCCCCCAUUUACCACACCAAAUUUUGGUGCACAAACAAAGAAUAUAUCUGAAGGUAGGGACUCAAGUGCUAUGGUGAAAAAAAGUGGGAGUGAGCCUGCACCAAAAAGGUCCAAAAAUGAAACCCCAUCACCUUUGCCAGCUUUUAAGGUGAGAAAAGAGAAGAUGGGGGACAGAAUCACUGCACUUCAACAAUUGGUUUCACCUUUUGGAAAGACUGAUACAGCCUCAGUGCUCUCUGAAGCAAUUGAAUAUAUCAAGUUUCUCCAUGAACAAGUGACUGUUUUAAGCACCCCAUAUAUGAAAAGUGGAGCUCCAAUCCAGCAUCAACAGAGUUCUGGUAAAUCUAAGGAAGCAGAUGGUCCAAAGCAGGAUCUUAGAAGCAGAGGGCUAUGUUUAGUACCAGUUUCUAGUACAUUUCCAAUGACUCAUGAACCCACAGUUGAAUAUUGGACACCAACAUUUGGAGGAACUUUCAGAUAAUUAAUAAAUGUUUUGAAGAAAAAAAAGUGGCACGGAACCAAAACUUUGCAACUAGGACAAGUCUUAUCACAAUACCAUGUCAAGUUGGUAAUGAUAUGAUGAAAGAAAAGAGACAACACACAAGGCCACAUUAAUAUGUAAAGUUUGUUAUUGCCUCUGCAAAAGAGAGUAGAAAAUGUGUUUCAAGAUGAAGAAAGGGAAAUGAAAUGAUUCUUAGAAAAGAGAUUAUAGAGGAGCCUAUUGAAGUCAAUUGUAUGGAGAAUGGUGAAGGAUUUUUAGGCCAAUUUUGGGGACCAUUUUGGAGCACAUUAAUUAAAUUGUUGUAAUAAUUGAAAGAUUAUAUGCUUACAAAAAGUGGGAUUAUAAGAAUGACAAAAUUUGCUGAAUAUAGGGAGAUUCUAAUUCUAAACUAGAUGAGAAAUUGUUGUUAACAAAAAGAUAAAGAGGCUUUAUUAAUUUCUUCUUGUUAUAUAAUAUUGUGAUUAGAGGUGAAA